GGUGCGGAGCUACUUUGAACCUGGAUAACAGUGUAAAAAGUGAUUUAUGCCCCGUGUCACCCUGUCUGAAGGGUGUUUGGACAAACUGUUAAAAUUUCUGGAUCUCAGAAUGCAGUGGGAGAACGGAAGUGUGCUAUUCCUUAAAGAGAAAGAAGCCUAAGGAAGUUGUGAAGAAUGAUCUGGUGGAUGAGAUCAAAGACACCAAGGAGAAGAAAAAGAAGAGAAGAUGGUGGCAGCGUGGCUUCAUGAAGAUUUUCUGCCCCUGUUUAUCCUCUUCCACCUCUUCUUCCUCUUUAUCCUCCCCCACCUUUUCUUCUCCUUCAUCCUCCCCCACCUCUUCUUUAUUUUCAGUCUCCCCAUUCUCUUCUUUAUCUCUAUCUUCCCCCACCUCUUCAUCCUCUUCUAGCUCUUCUUCAUCUUCAUACUUCCCCACCUCUCCUUCUUAUGAUCAUUCCCUUGCCUUGCCUUUACCUGCCCCCCCUUACACCUACACAAUCCCCACCCUGGGCGUGGCCAGGUUAGCUCCGCCUCAGAGAUACUUUUUCUCUCCGGCGAUCCGCAGCUCCACCUGUCCUCCUCCACUCAUCCGCUCCUCAAGUGCUCCUUCACUCACUCAUCCCUCUUCUACAUACUUUCCUUUAUUCUCCCCCUCUCUCUCCAUCUCCCUCCCCGACCUCUCUAAGUACUACCCUGACUCCCCCAAGGCUCAGAGGUCCAAGCCUCGGGUCCUAAUCAACUCUUAUGUUCGGAGUAAGGGUGUGUACGAUCGGGAGCUGUCCGUCUUAAAGAGACGUCCGGCCCACACAAGCAUUCAGGAGGUCCAGGACCGCUCUGUCGUUGAUGUGAAGCAGCUUGGGCUUCCCAGCAUUGUGAACACCUGCUUCAUGAACGCCACCCUGCAGAGUCUGCUGGGUCUCUCCUGCUUCUGGACCCCCAUCAUAGAACAGCAGGACACCUGGUCUGACACUUCAGUCGACUCCACUAUGCUCAGGUGUUUGGCAGAGCUGCAGCAGGCCAGGUUCAGCAGCAGCAGCACCACAAAGCAGAAGAUGAAGAUUCUGAGAGCUCUGAAGAGAUGCAUCGCUGCCCGCUGCCCUGACUUUAAACAUUACAGUCAACAGGAUGCCCAUGAGUUCUUAAUGCUCUGUUUGCUCCAGCUGAAGGGGGAGGGAGAGGCUCUCAGGGCCUCCAACCUUUCCUACGUCUGUCCUGUUGCAAAUUUUGAGUUUCAGCUGAAAUCUGUGCUCACCUGCACCAGCUGUGGACUCCAGAGAUCCAGAGUGGAGAUUUACAACCACCUGUCCAUCAACCUGGACUCCACUCUGAGAGGCAGCCUGCGCAGCUACUUCCAGGAAACAGAUUUGGAUUAUUACUGCGAGUGUGAACUAGGCAUUCAAGCAACUGAAGCGCAGGAGUUCGCCACCCUCCCACGGGUUCUGAUUCUCCACAUCAAGAGGUUCAAACUGAUGGGCAGCGGUAAAAAGCUGAAGGGCGCGAUGGACAUCCCCGCCCAGCUGGACCUCUCUGAGUUUUCAGCCCAGGCUUCACCUGAACAGACUGGGACUAAGAAGUGUACAGCUAAAUCUGUGAGAAAAUCCAGCGUCAAGCCAGCGAGUGGAGGAGGACAGGAUGAGGGAGGACAGCAAAGGAACUCUUCGGAACGUCCACCAAGGGGCCUCUACAGACUCCACAGCAUCGUCUCUCAUCUUGGUUGCAGUGUUAACAAGGGCCACUACAUCAGCAAUAUUGUUCAGGACGGAGAAAGCUGGUUGUCAUUCGAUGACACGAGAGUGCACCACGCAUUGGGGAAAACUGUCCUCAAGUGCACUGCAACAACAGCUUACCUGCUGUUCUACGUGCACAGUGCUCCUACAGAUUUAGACUGUGACAAACGUGAAGAGACCUGAGGAGGCUGAAGGAGGCUCAGGAUGGACCUCAGUGGUGCACCAUCAAUCAACUCUCCACAAGGCACAUAAAUAAACAGACCAAAACCCUGCAAAAAACACUUAGUAGCACAAUUUUGGGCACAAUUGCGUUAACUGGAAAAUCAAGGCCCACUUAAGAUAUAAGGCAAUAUGUUGGAUUGAUGGAUUGUUCCAGGUUAUAGAACAAGGAUCUCAGCAGCAAGAACCACUGGAACAACAGCUGGGGAGCUGCUGGGAUCACUGGAACAUCAUGGACAUUGAGAAGGCCACUGGAAAAGGGUCUACAGAAAUAAAGUGACAAGACUUUUCUGUCUUCCUUAUAUCUAUUUGGCAUGUAUCAAGAUGCCCAAAAAGAUUGACCAGCCUGGCCCUCUAUGAUCCAUUCCUGCCACACUUUAAACUGCCUGGACUCAUUCAUAACUGAGAACCUGUUCCUGCGUUAGCUAUAGCCACAUGCUAAUCUAUCUGUACAGUUUAUUUUUGUACAGUUGUUAUUUGUUUGCGCUAUACGGGUCGACCAAAGGAGGAUGGGUUCCUCUUAUUGAGCCUUGGUUCCUCCCAAGGUUUCUUCCUCUUGUCAUGAGGGAGUUUUUCCUUGCCACUGUUGCCGCCACAACCUUGUGGUGCUCGUUCAUAAGAGGCUCGGACCCGCCCUUAUUUUAACAAUGAUCACGUAAUCUGAUAUGCAGGUGUCUUUGGUCUGUUGCGCCUUUGUAGUGAAUGGUGCUAGAUUGUACAGUUUCUGUAUAUACUAAAUACAUUUAAAAUAAAGUUAAAAACAAAAUA